AUGGACGUCGAGAAGGGCGCUGGUGCCGACAGCAUCACUGAGACAAGCGUACCUACCAUGAUGACCGACAACAACAAUGUGAACGGUGAAGAUGAAAUGCCGCUUGAGAUGGCCAACAUCACUCUGCCACCUCUGAAACCUUCCAACACUGUACUCUCAACACGGUCCGCACGGGAGGCUGCUCGAGCACUCGAGACCUUUGAAGCCGCACCCGAGAACCCACGCAACUGGCCAACUGGACAGCGAUGGCGCACUACGCUCACCGUGGCCGUGACUGGCUUCAUCUCCACGUGUGGCAGUAGUAUUGCUGUUCCAGGUGUUCACGCCUCCAUGGACGAGUUUGGAGUAACGAAUGAGAAGAUUGGUGUGCUAGUCACAGCCUGCUAUGUGCUAGGUCUGGGAGCUGGGCCUUUCUUGUUCGCACCCAUCUCGGAGCUGUAUGGCCGCCAAGUUGCUUACCACACUUCCCAAAUCUGCUUCGUCAUCUUCUGCAUCGGCACUGCGGUGGCCGACACAAUGACGGGUCUCAUCAUCCUUCGAUUCUUUUGCGGUGUAUUCGCAUCCGUUGGCCCGGCUCUGGGAGUAGCAACCUGCGCUGAUGUAUUUGCUCCAAAGGAACGCGGUCGUCCUGUUUCCAUCUAUGCUCUUGGUCCAAUGUCGGGGCCAGUGCUGGGAAGCAUGCUCGGCUACUGGAUCCUUUACGGUGGCUGGCGAUGGCUCUACUGGUCCAUCACGAUCAUGGCGGCUCUCAACUGGGUGCUGCUAUUUUCUCUCACGGAGGAGACGUAUGCUCCGGUUAUUCACAAGAAGCUCCUCUACCGUAUUCGUCAUCCGCAAGCCGAUGUCAAUGGGUGGCGCGACCGUCUCUCCCCGCGCCGGAUAAUCCAUGACUUUGGAUGGAUGAGCGCCAUGGUGUCAAAGGACCAAGCCAAGACGACCUUCUCCCGAGCCUUCUCGCGUCCUCCACGUCUGUUGUUCACCAACCCGGUCGCCUUCAUCUUCGCGGCAUACUACGCCUACAUAUAUGGUAUCAUUUACGUGUUCCUCGUCAGCGUCCCACUCCUCUUUGGCGCCCCGCCAUUCAACCACCCAGGGCUCUUCUCAUACCAGUGGCCCCAGAGUACUGUCUCGCUCAGCUACCUCGGCAUGGCGGUAGGAUUCCUGUGCUCGGCAACUGUUGCCGCCACGCAGCAAGACAAGAUCUACAGAUACCUCUCGCGCCGAAACGGCGACAAUGGUGAACCCGAAUACCGUCUUGUCCUCACCCAGAUUGGUAUGAUCAUCAUGCCUAUUGGGCUUGUGGUGUUUGGCUGGACGGCACACGCCGAGGUGCACUGGAUGGGCCCACUUGUCGGCCAGGCUCUCAUCGCGUUUGGCUUGAUGCUAGCCUUCAACUCGAUUCAGAACUUUAUCAUCGACGCCUUUUUCCCAUAUUCGGCUGCCGGUGUUGCUGGUGCCACAGCCGCAAGAUCCGUCACUGCUUGUCUCUUGCCCAUCUUCUCGCCGGAAAUGUUUGAUGUGCUGGGCUGGGGCUGGGGCGGUACGCUGCUCGCCCUGGUUGCGCUCAUCGCCGUUCCCGCACCCAUGAUCAUGUUCAAGUACGGCAAAGCUCUUCGCGAGCGCUUCAAGUUUGAGGGCUAG